AUGAGCAAUGAAGACGCCCAAGCCGCAGACAACACCCCGGCAAUAGCUCCUCCUACCCAUCUCCCAGCUUCAUCUAAAUCCAACUCAUCACAUACCAACGGCACAAUGUCUACCUAUUCUUCCUCGUUCCGCCGCACGCCCGUCUCGGUGGCAGUCGACCCUGUGGCGCUCAUCACCACAGAAUGCAUAACGGUCACGUCUGCGAUGCGGAAACACGCGCGGUGGGCACACAGUUCUGUUUCUGCUAUCCUGGGCGGCAGUCACGUACCUAUGCCGCCGAACUCUCGGCCGGGCACACCUAGAGAUGAGACUGGGAGGAAGGGGAAAGGCGCGCCGAGGAUUAUGACGGGUGGUUUUGGGGCUGAGGGUGGUGAAGAUGGGGGGCUGGCGAAUCGGUGGGGACUGAGGGGAAAGAAGGGGAAGAGUAUGCAGGAUAAUCCGUUGAUGGCGGGGUUUGGGAGGUUGAGGAGGGAGUUGGCUGGUUGUAGAGAUAUCCAUCAGUUCGACACGCCGUCCCUCUUGCAUCCAUUCCUACAAGUCAUCCAAGCCUCGGCGACGUCCGCCCCUAUUACCUCCCUCGCCCUAGUUGCUAUAACGAAGUUCUUCUCCUAUAACCUAAUAAGCCCUGACUCGCCCCGGCUUUCUCUCGCCAUGCAGUCCCUCUCUGCAGCUAUCACGCAUUGUCGAUUUGAAGCCAGCGAUUCUGCCGCAGACGAGAUCGUGCUGCUACGAAUAUUGAAGCUUAUGGAAGGAAUGCUUUCCGGACCAGGAGGAGAUCUACUUAGUGAUGAAAGCGUCUGCGAGAUGAUGGAGACAGGUCUUAGUAUGUGCUGUCAAUCAAGGUUAUCCGAGCUUCUGAGGAGGUCAGCCGAGAUGUCCAUGGUAAAGAUGUGCCAAGUUAUUUUCGAACGGCUGAAGCAUCUUGAGAUUGAGGCGGGCGAUGAUUUGGAGGCCCUAGAUGAGAAGACGAAGGAGGAUAUGUUUACAGUGAAAAUGGAUCCCUCGGCGAACGCGAAUGAUGCGGUGAAAUCAUCGUUAGCUGCUCCUCCGGAUUCAAGACCUUCGUCGAGUCUUGACAAAACGAGGAAUGGACUUUCGAAUUCGAAUUCGCUAGAUAAUACUUCGGAGCUUGGAGUUGGCCCUGCUUCCGAGUCUUCUGAUGAAGCGCCUAUAAAACCAUACUCUUUGCCGUCAAUACGGGAACUUUUCCGGGUAUUGGUUGAUUUAUUGGAUCCACAUGACAAGCAGCAUGCUGAUGCAAUGAGAGUUAUGGCUCUACGGAUUAUCGACGUGGCGUUGGAAGUUGCUGGGCCUUCGAUCGCCAAGCAUCCCAGCCUUGCCACCUUGGCUGAAGACCGACUUUGCAGGUACCUGUUUCAGCUAGUUCGGUCAGAUAAUAUGGCGAUAUUACACGAAUCUCUUAUUGUUGCUGGGACAUUGCUAGCAACAUGUCGUGGGGUUCUGAAACUACAGCAAGAGCUGUUCCUUUCUUAUGUGGUGGCUUGUCUACAUCCUCGUGUGGAAAUUCCAAGAGAACCAGGCAUUGAUCCAUCUCUCUAUGCUGGAGUACCACAGGCUCCAAAACUAGUCAAACAGCCAAGUAGCGGGACCGCGACUCCAGUUCCAGUAAGAGACCGCCAAAAGCUAGGAAUGGAAGGAGGUUCAAGAAAACCUGACGCACGAGAAGCUAUGGUUGAGAGUGUGGGUGCUCUCGCAAGGAUACCAAGUUUCAUGGUUGAGCUUUAUGUCAACUAUGACUGUGAGGUUGACCGGGCAGAUUUAUGUGAAGACAUGGUCGGCCUCUUGAGUCGAAAUGCCAUUCCGGACUCAGCGACCUGGAGUACAACAAGUGUUCCUCCGUUAUGUCUAGAUGCUCUGUUGGGCUACAUUCAAUUCGUAGCGGAUAGACUAGACGACGAGCCCGAGUAUGAAGGAUAUCCCGAAGUCGCAAAGUUACGAGAGCAGCGAAGAAGAAAGAAGAUUAUCAUCCAGGGGGCAUCUAAAUUCAACGAAAACCCAAAAGCUGGACUGGCAUAUCUGAGUGCUCAGGGCAUCAUUGAUGAUCCUACAGAUGCAUUCUCGGUGGCCCGUUUUCUAAAAGGCACAACGCGAAUCUCGAAGAAGAUGUUUGGAGAAUUCAUCGCAAAGAAGGGCAAUGAAGCCAUUCUUGAAGCUUUGAUGAGUAAUUUCGACUUCGCAGGGAAACGGUUAGAUGAGGCCCUCCGUGUACUCCUAGAAACCUUCCGGUUACCAGGAGAAUCCGCGUUGAUUGAGCGAAUCAUCACAGUAUUUUCAGAGCAGUACAUCAAGGGUGCCAAACCAGAAGGCAUUACCGAAAAUGAUGCUAUUUUUGUCCUGACCUACGCCAUUAUCAUGCUGAACGUUGAUCAGCACAGCCCGAAAAUCAAGUCACAGUCCCGGAUGCAGUAUGAGGAUUUUGCCAAGCAAGUCAGAGGCGUUAAUGGCGGUCAGGACUUUGAUCCUGAGUUUCUGAGAGCCAUCUUCGAGGAAAUCAAGAGUAAUGAGAUUAUUUUGCCAGACGAGCAUGAUAACAAGUUUGCUUUUGAUUAUGCCUGGAGAGAGCUUCUUCUAAAGACUGGCACAGCGGGCGAACUUGUCCUUUGCGAUACGAACAUUUUCGACGCGGAUAUGUUUGCUGCGACUUGGAAGCCUGUGGUGGCAACUUUGUCGUAUGUGUUCAUGUCUGCUAGCGAUGAUGCCGUGUUCUCGAGGGUGAUAAAUGGCUUUGAUCAAUGUGCGAGAAUAGCUGCCAAGUAUGGCCUGACGGAAGCUGUGGACAAGGUCGUUUACUGCUUGAGCUAUAUCACUUCAUUAGCUACCGAGACCCCAUCAAAUACUACUCUCAAUACUGAGAUUCAGGUUGGAGAGAACAGUGUCAUGGUCAGCGAGCUCGCAGUUAAACUUGGAAGAGAUUUCAAGGCACAAUUGGCUACUGUCGUGUUGUUUCGAGUCGUCACUGGGAGUGAGACUGUUAUCAGUGAUAGUUGGAAACACAUCGUGCGAAUAUGGCUAAACCUCUUCGUGAAUUCGCUGAUACCCCCUUUCUUCGCACCGAAUCGCAUGGAGAUUCCUCCAAUACCCCUCCAGAAUCCAUCACAGGUGAUAGACCGCGGUCCGAAGCAAAUUGACACUGGUUUAUUCUCAGCGUUCACUUCAUAUAUUUCAAGCUACGCUGCAGAUGAUCCACCAGAGCCGUCUGAUGAGGAGCUGGAGAGUACACUGUGUACGGUAGACUGUGUCAACGCUUGUCAUAUGGGAGAUGUGUUCGCGAAUGUGGUAAACAUGCCUGCGGAUUCCCUCAAGCCACUGGUUGAAGCUUUACUUUCGGAGCUUCCAGAUGACCCGACUUCUGUAGUUAUCUCUGUUAAAUCCGAGACUGAGGCGCCUGUGUCACCAAAUGGUCCCAAGAGUCCCGCUGGUCCAUUAUAUGACCCAUCAAUGGUCUACCUCCUGGAGCUCGUGACAGUUCUUGCUCUAAAGGAUAAGGAGACCGUCGCGGCUCUCGGUGCGGACGUUGGGGAAGCCUUGCAGAAUGUCAUGCGAAACGCGGCUAGUUAUCACAGUAUCACGAUUGCCAGGACCAUGUUUUACCUCCUUCACAUUCUUCAUGCCAGCUAUGAACACUCUUUCCUCCGCGUUCCAGUUGUGCUUCACACAAUAUCUAGCUUCAAGAAAGAUCUCUUUGACAAAUCCGCACCACUUGUCCUCCAAGGUUUGAACCAAUGCAUCGAUGAGCCAGGUCCCCUCAGAAAUGAGAUCAUGACAUCUCCCGAUUUCUGGGUAAUCCUUCGCAACCUCACAGGAAAUGCCCAAUCUGCACCAACGGUAUUCAAGAUCCUAGAAGAAGUCGCCAUCGGCAGUCCACCAACAAUUAUAGCAGACAACUAUGAAUCUGCCGUCAAGCUCUUAAACGACUUCGCAUCAGCUGGUAGCGUCGGCUCCACAGUAGAGCAAAAGAAAGACCGCCGAGUUCGAAAAGGAAAAGGAGAGCCACAAGUCACGACAGUGAAACAACCACAAGUGGACGCAGCAGUAGCCAGAGGGGUGAAAGCAAUCCAAAUGAUCUACUCUCUUACAACACGGAUACCAGUUCUAUUGAAACAAUCACACCUCGAAAGUAAAGAAGCAUGGGCCGCCUACUGGUCACCUAUCUUCCGCGCCCUGACGACACAAUGCACGAAUCCGUGCCGUGAGAUACGGCACCAGGCUUUCUCUUCACUACAACGCACACUCCUUUCGCCUGAGUUAACUUCAGGCGAGCAUGAAGAAUGGACGGCUAUUUUCAGCGAAGUUCUCUUCCCCUUAAUAGUAAGGCUGUUGAAGCCUGAAGUUUAUAGUUCUGAUCCUGUGGGGAUGAGCGAAACGAGGGUACAGGCCGCAACGCUGCUGUGUAAAAUAUUUUUGCACUACCUGGUGUUACUGAGUAAAUGGGAGGGUAUGCUGGAUCUUUGGCUGAAAAUCUUGGAUAUUAUGGACCGGUUGAUGAAUAGUGGGCAGGGUGAUAGCUUGGAAGAAGCAGUUCCCGAAUCCCUUAAGAACAUCCUCCUCGUCAUGUCCAGCUCUGGCUACCUGAUCCCUCCCUCGCAAGACGCCAGCCAAGAAAAACUUUGGACCGAGACGUGGAAACGUAUUGAUAGGUUCUUGCCUGAUUUGCGAAAGGAAUUAGAUCUAGAUCCGAAACCGGAAGAAGUAAAACCAGUGGAAGAGAAGAAGGCCGAGGAGGUAACGGAUGUUGCCGUUGCGCCUGUUUCGUAG